UGUUCAAUGUAAACCUAAUGAAUUCAUCAGACUGAAUUAGCUACAGGUCAAAACACUGACCACAGAUAUUCAGGGAAAUGAACACCUCACAUCAUCAUGGACUGCAUCAUUCGUACCGGAAUCACAGCCAGGGAGCUCUGCCGGUGGGAAAGCCUGGUCAGGGUGACAGAGGAUCAGCCUCAGGAUGCUAUGAGCAGCUGCUCAUCUCCACAGAGGUCUUCCUCGCGCUCGGGCUCGUCAGUCUCCUGGAGAACAUUCUGGUGAUUGCGGCUAUUGUCAAGAACAAGAACCUUCAUUCUCCCAUGUAUUUCUUUAUCUGCAGUUUAGCCGUAGCAGACUUGUUGGUCAGUGUCUCCAAUGCUUCAGAAACGGUCGUGAUAGCGCUCAUCACGGGGGGCAACCUGACCAACCGCGAAAGCAUUAUCAAAAACAUGGACAACAUUUUUGACUCAAUGAUCUGCAGCUCGCUGUUAGCCUCCAUUUGGAGUUUGUUGGCCAUCGCAGUGGACCGCUACAUCACGAUCUUCUAUGCCUUGCGCUACCACAACAUCAUGACCCAGCGGCGGGCGGUCACCAUCAUAACCUGCAUCUGGACCUUCUGCACGGUCUCCGGCGUGCUCUUCAUCGUGUACUCGGAGAGCACCACCGUUCUCAUCUGCCUUAUCAGCAUGUUCUUCACCAUGUUGGCCCUCAUGGCCUCGCUCUACGUCCACAUGUUUCUUCUAGCCCGGCUGCACAUGAAGCGCAUUGCUGCCCUCCCUGGCAAUGGCCCUAUCUGGCAGGCAGCAAAUAUGAAGGGGGCCAUCACCAUCACUAUCCUUCUGGGGGUAUUUGUAGUGUGCUGGGCUCCGUUUUUCUUGCACCUCAUCCUCAUGAUCUCCUGCCCCCGGAACCCCUAUUGUGUCUGCUUCAUGUCUCACUUCAACAUGUAUCUGAUCCUCAUUAUGUGCAACUCAGUCAUAGACCCUCUCAUCUAUGCCUUCAGGAGCCAAGAGAUGAGGAAGACCUUCAAGGAAAUCUGCUGCUGCUGGUAUGGACUGACCUCUCUGUGUGCAUAAGGUUUUCUGUUUGACGUUAAUAUACUGAUUGUGAGACGUUGGCUUACAAGAUAGCACAAGACAAUAAAUGGAUGAUGCUGAGAAUGUAGGAGAUCUAAUUACACUGCAUAGCUGUGCACAUUUAUUUGAUGCCCAGAGAAAGCUGAUACUAUGGCUGUGCUGACCAUAAAAACGAAACCUUAUCGAGAUGAGCUCAUUUUA